GACACCCAGAUGCAGCACCCGGGCAGGGUCUCCUUCAAGUUCAUCAAUAAGAUGCGGUUGAAGGACUCUGUCUGCUAUGUGAAAGCUGCCUUUCCUCUGCUGGGCAAGAUCCUGGAGCGAACAGAGUUCAAGGAGAACUCGUCCAACGCCAAGAAGAUGCAGAUGGUGCGCAGGAUGUACAGCCGCAUCGACGAGAACGUCGACCCCUGCAUCAGGGAGGAGGAUGAUGAGGAGAGACAGCUCUCACAGAUGUGCUUUGAGGAGUUCACCACCUCCCCCUACGAGAUGCUGGUGCUGGUGAAACAAUUCUUCCAGGACAUCAACCAGCUGCUGCAGAAGCAGGAGACCUUCGAGAAGGAUUGCAGCCAGGUCUACCGCAGGACCUGCCUGGGACCCAGGAAAGCUGAAGCCUCACCAGGUGUGGGGACAGAUCCCGACUGCAAUUGCCUGUCCCCUGCUCUCCCUUCUGCCACCCAGCCCUCCCUCUCCGCUGCCACCCAUGCUGGCAGGGAGGUGGCACCCGCUAGCACCCAGGUCCAUUACAGCCUCCUCCAUGCCACCCUCGCUGACUUAGACACCCCGUCUCAGCCCCCCAGUAGCAUGGACGGCGGCUCGGGGACCGAGGAGGUCCUGGGUGCCGGGGUAGGUGACACGGUGUCGGUGCCAUCCUCCGUGAUGCAGCAGACAGCUCCAGCUGACAGUGCCGAAGCUCUCCUGGAUCCAGCCGGGACCCUUAACCUGGCAGUGGUGGACAUCCCCAUCCUGCGUGGGGAUGGAGACUUGGUGGACAGGGGCACUGAAACGGUGGCCGGCCACUCGCCGCAGGAUCCGGUCCAGAAGCAGGGAGCCUCCAUCCUCCCGGACCAUUCCAGCGGGCUCAGCACCACCACGCCGGCAGUGUCCCCCAGCGCCGGCUCAGCAGGUGGCGGCGGAGCCAGGAUCCGUCCCGCCGAGGCACCUGAGCCCGUCACGCAGCUCCGUUUCUCCAGGAUGGCCCCGGAGAUGCGGGGCCGAGCACCGGGUGGCCCCGGGGAUGGGGCGAGGGUGCGAGGCUGGGGGCUGAGCCGGCUGCGGGAGCCUGAGGACGGCGGGGCUGGUCCCAGCUUUGACUCUGGCUUUGUUCUGAGCGCAGAGCAGCGCGGGAGGGAGCCAGCCGUCAGGGAGGGCCACCGGGAGCCCCUCAUAUACAUCACGGUGGCCAGCGUGGUGGCUGUCUUGCUGGCCAUGGGAGGGCUGCUCUUCUACAAGUAUAAAUCCAGGGUCCUGGAGCGGCCGCUGGAAGAUGGGAACUGCGACCCCGAGGAGACAGAGAGCAGGGUGCUGCAGGAAGCGAGGGGAUGUCCAGAGCUGGAGACUCGGGACCUCUGAGGGCCCAAGGCGGGAUGUGAAGCUGCUCGGGGGACGGAUCCGGAUGCUCCCCACCGUGCGAAGGAGGGUGGGCACACACUGGCCCCUCCACGGUCCCGCUGUGAUGCUGACGCUCCCUCUUCCCUCGCCCCACACCGGCGGCCAGAGACUGCAAAAAAA